UCAGAGAACACAGGGAACAUAAACAACUCCGGCAUCGUAAACUCCGGUUUCAACGAAUUAGAUUGAUUUGGUCAGAAUGAGGACGACAAGACGAAUGACGAACCGGAAGACAAAGCCAAUGCGACCGGGCCAAAGCAGGCCGCAGAAGCGAAGUUGACGUUUCCAGGUAACUGCCAACCUUCUCGCACAAAGCUGCGCGACGGCUCUGCGUGCUCCGGGCAGACGCUGUUUGAGGACAACUUCGACAGUCUGAACGGCGUGUGGCAGAUUGAGCAAUACAUACCUAAUACUCAUCCCGAGCACCCCUUCGUAUCAUACCAGCACCUAACUACAGGCCAGACGAUCUCAACCGCUGGAGGCAUCCUGCAGAUCACCCCGAAACUGCAACAAGACUUACCAGGAUUUACAAAUGACACAAUUACCUCUGGCACGCUUAACUUGAACAGUGGUUGCACAUCAACGGAAAGUCGGUGUGAGAUGACGGUGGAUGGUGCGGACAUCUUGCCGCCAGUGGCGAGCGGCCGCAUCACCUCAAAGACCUUAACCGCGUUCACGUACGGCAAGGUGUACGUGCGAGCCAAACUGCCGCAAGGAGACUGGCUGUAUCCAGAAAUUCUUCUGGAACCGUUCUUAAAGAAGUAUGGCUCUCCACAUUACUCGUCAGGGGUUAUAAAGAUAGCAACUGCUCGCGGCAAUAGACAGCUUUACUACGGACAAGAUGAUUACAGUAAUAAGCUGCUAUACGGAGGGCCCAUAAUGGAUCUAGACUGUCGAGAAACACUCCUAUCCGGCAAGCUAAGAAGCGACGGCUCUGCUUGGGGCGACAACUUCCAUGUUUAUUCAUUAGAGUGGACGCCAGAGCAUAUAGUGCUAGCGGUGGAUGAUGAGGUAUGGGGACGCGUGAAGCCGAGGAGGAGCGGCCUUCAAGCCGAGUUCCCGUCCCAUUGCAAAAGACUCCCGCGGUCGCGGCUGCGCGCUGGUUCACGCAUGGCGCCGUUCGAUGAUCACUUCUACCUAACCCUGGGCGUGGCGGCAGGGGGCAUCACAGAGUUCCCCGACGACUCGAUCACAAGCAACAACAAACGAAAGCCGUGGCGCGACGGUAGUCGCAAAGCCAUGCUCAAGUUCUGGCGGGGCACCAACUCCUGGCUGUCCACCUGGAAACUACCCCGACUCGAAAUUGACUAUGUCAAAGUAGUCGCGCUGUAAUAUAGGACAUUUGGAAACGCUUUUGUUUUCUUUGGAGCCGAAUUUAAUUGUGAAAAUUGUCUUAACUUUGUUCAGAGGCUUAUUGCCUUCAUGUCAUAAAUUAAAUAUCCCAAACACGUUGGAAGUACUACGCAGUAUGGUAUAUUAUUCACAAAUAUCUCAUCAUUAUUGUAUAACACGUUAAGAAUACGAAAAUAAACAGUUUUUAAUAAUCAGA